AGCUCGCUUUCGUUUUCGCUUCAGCCCCAAAGUAAACUCAACUCUCUGUGUAUAGCUGGUCCUGGGUUCAUGUCGAUGAAACACGGAGUUUAACAGAAUUACGGGACAUUUAAACACCUCCAACGCACUCUCUGGUGAAAGACAUGGAGAGGAAAAACAAUCGCAAUGACAGCUCUCAGAUGAAAGAUCUCAUCCAGUUUGACAACCCUGAAAACAAGGAAAAGGAAAAGCCCAGAGAGGAAAACCAAGAGAACGGCAAAGGCAGCUCCCCUGAACCAGCCGCGUCUGGUAGCUGCUGCGCCAAGGAUGCAUGCGAGGCGAGCAAAAGCGAGCCGGUGAGGACACGCAACGGUGACGUCGGCUCGUCGUGCUGUCGGCUGGAUGAGCUGAAGAAACUCCCACAGUGCGACAUCAGGCUGGGAACACUGAGCUUCACCAAGUCCCACAUCAUCCUCAUAGAUGUGAAUGCUUUUAGCCAUGGUGGGAGGGUCCUUCCGCAGGAAGGGAGAGACCUGUGGCACAGUAACUUUGUCAAGAUGCCGUGUUCACAAUACAGCUUGUCACCGAAACCAGAUGUCCAACUGGGUCCAUUGAAAUUCAAGACUGGAUCCGGCCCUGUGCCGAGGUGGAAUCUGAUCUCCAAGCAGCUUAGUGCUCUGGCCGCUAAGAAAGCAGCAAAGGUGGAGGAGGUGGAGGAAGCUAUCCUCAACUACAACCCCAAGUAUAGAGGAGAGUGGUCAUUCGAUGCACUAGCCAAUUGUUUGAAGAUGAACCCAAGUUUCCAAAAUCACUUUGAAAAGCUUUUUCCGAAGAUUGCUGCUUUGGCCUUGAAGCUGCCUGAACAAGUCAAGAAGGGCAUCCCGCUGCUUCAGCGCCACCGUCCUGCCUCCAUCACUCUGUCCCAGGAACAGAUUUCAUGUCUGCUCGCUAAUGCUUUCUACUGCACCUUCCCUCACCGCAACACCACCAGUUCCAACGCAGAAUACCACAACUACCCGUCCAUAAACUUCAGCAGACUGUUUGGAAACUGGUCAGAGCGGAAGAACCAGAAGUUCAUGGCCCUCCUGCAGUACUUUAACGUGGUGACAGAUGAGAAAUCUAAACCGGACGGACUGGUGACGUUUGAGAGGCGUUGCCUCAGUGACGCAGACGUACCUAACUGGGAAAGGUGCAAAGACACUCUGCAAAAGCUGCACGUUACGUCACAGGGCAGUAUCGAGGAGGAAGGUACGGGGAUGCUUCAGGUGGACUUUGCUGCCAGCUGGAUAGGCGGGGGUGUCCUGGACUCCGGUCUGGUUCAGGAAGAGAUCCUGUUCCUCAUGAACCCAGAGCUGAUCGUCUCUCGUCUCUUUACAGAGAGACUUGACGACAAAGAGUGCCUCAUCAUUACAGGUGCGCAGCAGUACAGCUGUUACUCUGGUUUUAGCGACAGCUUCAAGUGGGUGGGCCCUUACGACGAUCACCUCCAAAGGGAUGAGUGGCGUCGGCUGAAGCGGCAGAUUCUGGCCAUCGACGCGCUACACUUCAAACAUCAAAGGGAGCAGUACAGCAUGGCCAGUGUUAGACGGGAACUGAACAAGGCUUACUGUGGGUUUAGAGGCCACUACAGAGACAAAGAGCCAGACAUCGCUACAGGAAAGUGGGGCUGUGGAGCCUUCAAGGGAGACAAACAACUGAAAGCUGUGAUCCAGCUGAUGGCAGCAGCAAAGGCCAGGAGAGGUUUGGCCUUCUUCACAUUUGGAGACGAGGAUCUGAGCAGAGAUCUGCAACACAUCUACCACCUGCUCGUCACACAGAACAUGACAGUUGGUGAGACAAAAAUCUUCGUUGAAGUAGCGAUCACCACCGGUAAGGGGCCUGACCUGAGGGCCCGUCUUCUUCUAGUAGCACAGGGCCUACUAAAAGAAGACAGGCCCUCAGGCUCCCCUCAGGAACUCUGUGUCUAGUGGAUUGAUCAUAAAAAUUCAA